AUGUAGUAGUAGAAACUUCAAUCUACUUGUCCUCAUUUUCAAAGGAUUUUACUUUAAAGAAGCAUUCCUCAAGUUCAUAAAUCUCUCUCCAAAUUGUUGGUAUUUCUUAUUUAUCAAAUUUAGGUGUUAUUCAAGAAUAAGUAAGUUAAAUGUGAUGUCUGUCAAAGAAAACAAGAUUAUUUGAAUAUUUGUUUGAAAUGUGAAAAGCCAUUGUGUGACAUAGAAAAAAUAUGUUCUGCAGAGCAUUUAAGAUGUAAAAAUAUUUGAUUAUAUUAUUAGUAAAUAGUCCAGAACAUUGUGUGAUAAUUAAUAUCCACUCAAAUUUAAUUGCAUGUCUGAUGUGUAAAAUAGAAAUUUAUGAUUUUGAGCAAACCUUAUAAACUGAAGAAGAUCAAUUUAUUGAAGAAAUCAUUAAUCCUUAAAAAAUACGAAUGGAAUAUCACAAGUUCUUUUAUAAGUAAGAAGCCUAAAAUAUAUAAUUUAAAAAUCAAUAAAAUGUUCAACAUGCAGGGAUGUUAAACAUCUGUAAUAAUAGCCAUUUGAACUGUGUUUUAUAAAUAUUACUAAACUAUCCUGUCAUUUAAUAGAUACUUCAAAAAAUUAACUCUGAAUAUGAAAUAAAUGAAUAUAGUUUGAAAUCUAAUCGGAAAUAGAUUCUUAGAGAAUUAAGUGCCAUGGCCUCAAUCUAUUCGUAACAUCAGUAUAGAAUCAUAAAUCCCUCCAAAGUUAUUAAGAACCUUGCCCAGAUCGACUCCAAAAUUAUAGGAUAUUCCAGAAAAGAUGCUUAUGUAUUUCAACAUUUAUAUACAAGUAGGAUGCUUUCAAGACAGUUAUCAACUUUUUAAAUGAAGAAUUCAAAUUUUCAAAUUUGAAAGGAUACUUUAAAAGUAACUUGAUCUACACAAAACAAGCUCUAGGACAUGAUUGGAACAUAAUGUACACUCUAAAAAGUAGUUAGUGCUGAUCCUAGUUUAUAUAUGGAAUAUUCCUUUAUUCAAAGUAUAUUCUCUGGAGAGCUUAUUUCUAACCUACAAUGCUUGAAUUGCAAGAAAAUUACAAAGUCUGUUGAAUAAUUUUCAGCGUUAUCCCUAGAGCUCCCAGAGAUAAAGCAGUAAGGUUUCUUUAAAUAAUUGGUCAAUAAUCAGAAACAAUCUAUUUCGUUAUAAGAGUGUCUCGAUUAUUUUUAUGAACCAGUGAUCGAUUCAUUAACCCUUUGCAGUUGUGGAGCAAGAUCAGGUAAGAGACAAUAUAGUUUUUAAUAAUAAUCCAAUUUGUUAUGCAUUCAUUUACAAAGGUUUCUGAAUAAAAACUAAAAAGACACCAAACAUGUAUCAUUUCCAAUUAAGGAUCAUAACUUUUAAGAAUACUUUAACGUAUCAUUUCAUUUAUAAAUAAUAGUUGGAUAGUGAAUAAAAUUAUCGACUUUUCGGUAUUAUUGUACAUUUACACGAUUAAGGAGGCGAUCAUUUUGAAACCAUAUUGAAAUAUCAAAAUUCACAAUUUCUUAGCAUCAAAGAUGAAAUUAUUGAAAUAGUAUCACAAAAAUAUGUAGAAGAAUGUGAAGCUUUAUUAUUAUUUUAUGAGAAGGUAGAUAAUUAGGUCGAUCUAUUUAAAACAAGUCUUCGAAAAAACCUUCAAAAUUAGCAUAAUAUGAUAGCCAAUCAAGAAUUAUUAUUGAAAGAUGAAGAACUAUGCUAUUUACCGCAUUUCUGGUUUGAGUAAUUUUUGCAUCUUGCAAAACCACCUUCAAUUAUAACAUCUCAUUUAAUUUGCCCUCAUAACCUCUUAAAACCAGAUUAUUGGGAUUUCAGAAUAGAAUACGAAGUAAGAUUGUUUAUUUAUAUAAGAAUGCUAAAUCAGCUUAGUACAACUCUCAAUUAGAUACUAAUACAAGUUUCAUUACUAUAGGAGAGGUUUAAAACUCUAAUUCGCCUGCUUACAUCUAGGAAAGUUCUGCCUAAAAAUAACUAUAACUCACAUCAAUCAUUAUCCCAAAAGCCGUUUGCGAAUUUUUAAUUGAAAAAUAUGGUGGAGGUCCAAUCAUUGAGAAGAAUAUCAAAACUUGUAGUUCUUGUAUAGAAUAUGCAUAAUAAAUGAGUAGAAGAAGGAAAUUAGAAAGACAAUUAAUAAUUAAAUAUGAAAGUCUUCAAGGGUAUGACAGAAUAUUUGUUGUUCAUGAAGAAUGGUUAAAGAAAUGGCAAACCUAUCUUUAUAAUUCAAAAUAGAUUUUACAAAGAAAUAAUUUAUUUGGUUAUCCUCCUCCAGGGGAAAUAACUAAUUACUUAUUGUUAGAUAAAGAUUAAUAGAUCAUCUAAUAAAAAAAGGAAGGCUAGCAUUUUCACAUGAUCACUGCUCCUAUAUGGCAUAUCUUAUAAGAAAUUUACGGAGGAGGUUAGAUAUUUAAUAUAAGUUAGGUCCCACAAUUUCUAUCAAUCCUCAUUAAUAACAAUAUGAACCUUUUAAACUAUAAACAGAUGAUCUAUUUUAGAUAAAAGAGAUCAAAACCUUAUAUCAAAAUUGUAUUAACUAGUACAAAUAGGAAAUUUAGCAAUGA